AUGUCCAGCCCUCCUAUCAAAGAAAUCGUUCGCGGCAUCCGCUUUGAUCUGGACAACGCGCCCGCCGUGCUCCAAGACUUCGACGACAAUCGCUUGCCCGACAUUUGUGUCGCAGACGGAUACAAGGGUUCUCGCGAGGACUACGCAAAGAUGCUUAUAUCUAUCGGUACAGGGUACCUUGUCGAAGCUCUGAGCAACCAUGUCAUCGAGCUGCAGCUCAAGUACAGGAUCCAAUUCGAUAUCUUGCGCCUGCAACGCCGGAUCCUCACCUACGACUGCCUUGCCGCCAUCUCCUACUACUGGCUUUCCGACUACACUGUUGAGCUGCCCGGCGUCUACAAAUGGCAGAAGCGCAUGGUGUUCAGGCUGAUUGCAUUCUUCCAUAACCUGCGCGUGACCUCGCCGCAAGACUUCAACGACGCCUUCGACGCCGUGUUCGGCCUGUUGAUUGAUCAGCUCGCUGGGCGUGACGAUUAUAAGGACUUCGGAAUUGGGGUCGAUGCUGACCAGAUAUGGCUUUCUGAGCUUGAGUAUCGUAAGCGUAAGCGCCCUGAGACGGUGCGCAACGAGCAAGAGCAAUCCCAAGAGCCUGCGGAAUUUUGCCCGAAGAAAGUUAAGCCCGAUUCCAACACGGCAAGCGCGAGUCGGACAACCGAGGACGAUGAGGAUGCGCGAGCUUUCCUUGAGGAGCAAGAACUUAUCGAGCAACGCUUGGUCAAGAAUCUCACUCUCGAGACCGUCAGGAAGCCGCCUAUGAAUGUCCGAAAGCAGCGCCGCGAGUGGGAUUCUGCCAAUUCCUUGACCGUCACGUUGGCGCUGGCCAGAGCACAAGCUUCCCCGGCGCUCAUGGAGAGCGAGUUUGCCGACAAGACCUGGUAA